GAAAAGAAGAAGAAGAGUUGCUUGCCCAUCGCCAUGGUGGGCCGUCUCCGUCCGGUCCGGGUCGUGGCGCAGCACACCCCGCGGCCGGGUUGCGGUUCACCGGACCGUGAGCUAGACGCCCCCGUCAGAGCCGCGUCUCGUCGGUUAUCUUUGGCACAAGAGAGGCCGAGACCCGCCACCACCAUGGCCGUGUCCGUCGAAGAGGCGUCUUCGUCGGUUGUCCGGGAAUACCUGAGUCGGAAGGGACUCAGGAGGACGAUCGCUUGUAUGGAUGAAGAACUUCCGCGCACAGAAUCCAGCGUCAACAACAGAUCACAUUUGAGGCAGAUUCUCAACAUGGAGGGUCUCUAUAGAAAGAAUAAAGCUCAACUCUCCCCCCUGAAAACUUUACUAGAGAUUAUUGUAAAGCAUCACGUUGAGAACCUUAAGGAUGACCAGAUCACCAUCAGUAGAAGUGAUCCCCUGCAGUACGCUCAAACUACGAACUUGAUUGCUAAUUCUCCUGCAGUAACACCAACAUUGAUGAGUGACUCAAAGGCAGAGGAUCUCACAGCUUUUGUAACCGGCAAACACACCAAAUCAUGGUCUGAUAUAGGAGAAAUUGGCCCGUCUCAACCGAUACAUACAUCAUUAUUGCCUGAGACAGAUAGACUGUCCAGUCAAAAUACAACAGGGUUCAGGUCUCAAUACUCAGAAGAUCAAAAACUCCAGCCACCGAUGGCUUCUGUCCAGGAUAAUGAGAGCUUCAUUAAAAGAGAAGCAGAAAAAAAGACUUUCACCACUGAAGGCACCCAAAGGAGCAGAAUGAAUCGAAUUAGACGUGGCGUGAUUGCUGGACCAAUAUCUAGCACACUUCAGGAAUCAAACAAAAAAAGGCCAAAUCGAAGGCUAGAAGGGCCCCAGCAGCUGCUCAGAAGGGAAGAAGAAAACAUGCAGUCUAAGGAUGGACUUUUAGUGACUGGCGUACAUCAAAAAAGCUCAAAGAGCGGAGUCAAGUCAGCUGACUGCUUAGGAGGGCAAUGGGAGUCGUGGAGUGCACCAGACAGCUUUGAAAAAGUGCAACAAGACAUACCGACAACUUCAAAAGUGAAGUCUUUGACCAGGCCAAAUGGGGUUGAUUUGGAUGUGGCUGAGAUGGUUUUAGAUGACAUUGAUGAUGAAGAAGAUCUGCGAGAACUCUCCAAAGUGUCCUUUCAGAGAACCGUCGCAGAGCGCAGCUUCGCGGGCGGCCCGAUGGACCAACACACUGCCGUGGAACUGAAAACAAUUCUUCUUGGUUCCAGCUUGAAUUGUUUCAAUAUUGAGUGGAGGAAUCAAGGUUUCACAUUCUCAGACAUGCAUGACCUGAGAUAUGGAAUUGUGCAGAAAAAGGGUGGUCCUUGUGGAGUUCUGGCAUCCAUCCAAGCCUCUGUUCUAAAGAAACUGCUAUUUGAAGACGUUGAAAGCAGCAACACAGACCUUCAGAGGUUAAGACCUUCUAAUACAACCAGAAGAAAGUGUUUGGCUUUAGCGGUAGCUGAAAUACUGUGGAGGGCUGGCGAGGAAAAACAAGCCACAAUUGCAAUAAAUUCCGGGAGAAAUCAUUUCACCCCAACUGGACAAUACAGAUCUGAAGGAGUGCUUGAAAAGAUAACAUGUUUCACAGUGGAUAACGUCAAAGACCUGCAGUUGCUUCUGGAGCGCCACAUCGAUCAGUUUGAGACGGGGGUGUUGGGAUGCAUAUUACUCACCAUAUCUGCAGUUCUCUCUCGAUCCAUUGAAAAAGUAAGGGACGAUAUGGACGUGCCCACCACCACACUCAUCGGAGCCCACGGCUACUGCACUCAGGAGCUGGUCAACCUGUUGCUCGGCGGCAGAGCAGUCUCUAAUGUCUUCGACAAUGACAUGGAGUUGGACUCAGGCAAUGGCAACAUGACUCUACUGAAGGGAGUCAAAGGCCACUGUGACGUUGGCCUGAUGUCCUUGUUUGAACACUAUAACAUCUGUAGGGUAGGCGCUUACCUGAAGACUCCCCGUUACCCCAUUUGGGUGGUGUGCAGUGAAAGCCACUUCAGCGUGCUGUUUGGCCUGCAGAGGGAGCUGUUGACCAAUCAGGGCCAAAGCCUGGAGUUUGAACUCUACUAUUAUGAUGGACUGGCCAAUCAACAGGAGGAGAUCCGGCUCACUGUCUCUGUUGGCGACUCGGCCCCGAGCUGUCAUGACGUCGACACAGAUCUCAUUCCUCCACUGGAGCACUGUAUCCGAACAAGGUGGAAAGAUGCAUUUGUCAAUUGGAAUGACACCGAGCCUAUUCUCUGACUGAUCACGUGGUUGAACUAUGGAACAUUACAUUUAUACACUAUUACUUUACAACAUUGACUAUUUACCCAUAUAGCUGAGCAUUGUCAUGUUUUUCUCUUAUUCGUGAGACCCAGUGUUGUUCUUCCAAUUGUUUACAUGCUAGAACGGCAUCACACUCUGGAUGCACAGCUGGAAGGGGUUGGGCCCAUCAGCCAUAAAGUUUCAUGCUCUUUGCCUACAAAUCAAUAUUUGAGAUAAUGAAAUUCAUUUUAAAAGUAAUAAGCAUGAGGUAACUUUUAAAUGUAAACGUUUGCUGAGAAAUAUACUUUUGUUGCUGAUGAAAUGUAAAUUACUGCCAGAUGCAAUAUUGACCACAGUGGCCUUUUACUUUAUUUUGCUGUUACAGAAAGAUAUGACAGAUUAUUAAAAAAAAUAAUGAGAUCCCUUGUGAUAUUAUAAGAACCCAUAAGAGUGUUUAUGCGUUUGUCAAAGAGUAAUAGUUAUGAUAGACCUCAUGUGGAACAGAAAAUAGUCCAAUUAAGAUUGGUUUAUAUUGCGCCAAAUCAAAAUAGUUAUCUCAUUCCACUUUUUAUGUACCGUCGCAGGUCUCGACUGUAUUCUUUAUUUCAGAGUGAAAGAAAGUCAUUCACACCUCUACUGUCUCCUCACAGUGGUUGUUGUCUGUGUGCUUUUGGUUUUUGUGCUGCGUUUAAGAAGAUAUAAAGAAAAUAUUGAGAAAACUA